AUGCAGCGUUUGUCAGAGUCGGUGUUUACUGGACUGUGUCAUAAAGUGGGGACUCCUUCACAUGUCAUCAUCAGAAGAGACGUAGUGGACAUCACAGAAACUUUUACGAAUGAAAUAUUAGCUAAAUCUGCUUGCAGUAUGAUAGUGAGUGGAAGUCAUCGCGAAGGAUUCAGACUGGAGGGAUCGGAUGUAGACAUCAUGCCAUUUCCCAACAAUGCUUAUGUUGUCUGGGACAUAGAUCAAGCUCAGAAUUAUGAGUUAGGCGAAAUCUUUCUCCUUCUCUGUGACAGUUCUGAAAGUCCUCCUGGAUACACUUUACUGAGGAUUAAUUUAAUAAGAAAUAUGACAGGUGGACUCACUAACUUAUAUAAAAAAUACUUGUUUGCUGGGUUCAAAAUAAAUAACAAUAUCUAUAUAUCCAGUUCUAAAUACAAGCAAUUUUUUGGGGCAUUUUUACAAAGGGGCACAGAACAUGGUCCCUGUAUCAAUACCUACGUUGGAGGCGCAGAAUUUGAUAUGGCCCUGUGUGUUCAAUGCAGUUUUUGGCCUCCAUCUGCCUCCUCUUGGAUAGACAGAUGUCAUUCAUGGCCCCAACCUCAUGUUGUUGAAGAUAUAGUAAAAAAUGGAUGUCACUUUGUAGCUAUAGGACACAAAUUAGGACGUCUUAAAGACCACGAAUGGAGAAUUUCUUUUUCUCAAGCAGAACAAAAACUAGUAUAUUCAAUGAACCACAGUCAAUUUCUAACUUAUGGUUUGCUCAAAAUUUUCCUAAAAGAAAUAAUCAACAGUGGAAUUGCUACACAUGAUAAAUUAUUAUGUUCAUAUCACAUGAAGACGGCAGUUUUCUGGGUGAUUCAACAAAAAGCAAUACCUCACUGGUAUCCACAAACUCUUCUCGAGGGUUUCUGGGUCUGCUUUAAACUUCUCCUUCGAUGGGUGUACGAGGGAGUUUGUCCUAAUUUUUUCAUUCCAGAAAACAAUAUGUUUCUUAGUAACAUACACGGUGUAGCACAGCGGCUUCCAUUCAGUAGACUUUAUGAAUUAUAUGAGAAAGGAUUAGCUUGCCUGCUUUCCAGUCCCACCAUCAGACCCUAUGUUAUAAAGGUCUUCUAUAAUCCUAGGCAGUAUAUCUGUACUGAUGAAUUCAAUCCUAGACAGUCUACCUUUGAAAAUUUAGAGACAGCGAUGUUUCUUCAUUUGGAUUUUAUGAAGGAGAUAUAUAACAGUCAAUUUGUAAGCCUUCCUAUCCAAUCUGGAGGUAUUGUGAGUCUAGAAACAGUAGAACAUUUAAUAGGUUUUCCACUGACACAGUAUCAAGCUGUUUGGUUACAGAGAGUAGCAGCUCUCUGUUUCCAUAGAAUUCCAUUUCUAAUAUUCUACAGGUUGACUGACACAGGUGCCAACAAACUGAUGUAUAGAGUCGACAAAAUGUCCUGUCACAUGCUGAGCCUAGCAGCCAAGUUUGGGUGUUUUUCUGACACGUUGUACUUAGCUAUGCGUUUUUUUCAUACAUCCAGAUACAUGAAAGCACUAUCUAUUAUAGAGCUGACAAAAACCAAGUUUGCUCAGUCAUAUGCGAUGUUUAACAAUAUACUGGUAUGGCUAGAGAGAUUUUGUCAGCUUGCAAGAGGAAAGUUUUCCUCUGUGCUAAUGCAUAUUACACCAGUUAACAUCAACCUUCACUCUUGCUACUAUUACAUGAACGAAUUAAUACCAGAACAGUCCGUAUUAAAGCGAAGUGAUAAUCUGUGCAUUCCCCCAUUGGUGUUGUUAUACAUGCUAGAGUUCUUGUGCGCCAUUCAUACUGAUUCAAUAAGAGCACAAAGGGCUCUGAAUGAUCUACAUGACGUUGUCCACUUUGACCUUGAAGAAUACAAAGACAUAUCAUGGCAGAUCUUAGGGAUUUGUCAACAGAUCACAGGAAACCUCCAGGCUGCUCUAUUCUCAUACCAACAAUCUCUCAGACAAACACCACGCUGUGGAAUACAAACUGUGACAUUGAAGAGAAUACAGGAUAUUAUAAUGACAGCAAACCAACUUUAG